GUAUCAGCUAGACGAAACUGAAUGUAUAAAUUGAUGAGGUGAUUCAGAGCCGAAAAAUUGUGUUACAAAUUUUCGGGAGCCAAGCUUUCCAGGAAAUCAAGUUAAUCUGGUUUGUAUCACUCCACGACUGGUAAACGAACAGGUAAACAUACACGAUGACUUACACGAAGAGUUCGGCGAGCUUAAUCCAAAGCUCUAUUUCUGUUGUCACAAAACUGAAGUGCGUGGUAUUUAAGAAUUAGAGAGAAAUGUAAAACGAAACAAUCCAUAGGUAAAAGCGAGGAGGGAGGUUAUGUUCUCAAAUAAUUAGAUCAUUUUAUAAAUUCAAUAUCAUUCAGCGGCUUCCUUGAUGAGAGAAAUUAUACACGCGCAGAACUGAGAAGAAUCGAUUUAACUGCGUUUUAGUCUGUCAUAAACAUUUUUACCCAAUAUUAGAGCACACGAUAUCUCAUUUUAUUGUUAUUUACAAUAUAAACAAAAAGUGAAUAUGAAGGAGUCUGAAGUGAAAUUCUAUAUCCCUUAGGAAUAGAAAACUGUAGCCAUAUUCUUGAUCCACGGUCACAUGAUUUUUUAUAAUUGUUGUUAUGCACAAAGGGUUAUUAUCCUGGCAUUUGCAUGCACGCCAUGUAAACUUGUGAAGAGUGAUCUCCAUAUCGGCUAUAGAUCUCUGGAGGGAAACAGCUCACAAAUAACAUUAUUAAAUAUGCCAAGCUAUUAACUAGCGAGCAAGUGGGUGUAGUGUGUUGUCGAAUAGGUUUAUUCUGCUUGUUCAUACACACCGCGUGGAUGUGUGUGUUUUCUACAUUUACAUAAUGUGCUAUCCUACUUAAAUAUGCGUACACAAAAUAUAAUAUACAAUAGGUGCUAAUUCUCACGUGCCAAUAUGUUACAGUGGGUGUAGAAAGUGUUAACUCUAACAUAAUGAUAUAUUAUCAGUUUUCCUUAAAAUGUAUCCUUUCCCUUCCUGUUGAGAAAGUAUGUCGAGUUUCCGUUCAAGGAAAAGGCUUGUUACUAGCAGUACUUUAAAGAUUCGCUUGCCACCAUCAAAACAUUUCUGGUUACAAGCGUUACCGUGAAAGUCUUCGGCUCAGCUGAGGUAUUAUUCGUGGACUUGGCCUAACGGAUUUUGCAGUUGACGUUUGCCAGUACAACGAUUAGGCAGCUGCACUUUUUUAUAGAAACAUGUUGCUACGGCUGCGCACGCUUAAUAAUACCAGAGCACCAUAAAAGCAACAAAUUACCAAGUGAAAAAACGUACACCAAUCAUUUCGAGUAAUUCUUCUUUUCAAUGUUCUUCUCUUCGAGUAAAGCGGAUUUAAAUGCAAAAUUUGGUAAAUGGAAAAUUCCCUUCGAUUUUCAGGUGUUAAAAACAAAACGUCAUCAAGCGGUUUCUAUUUGUUUUAAAAUAUAGCCCACGGUAUAAAUUAGCAUAUUUCAAAGACGUCCGCAUUAUCUGGAGUAAAGUUCGUAAUUGUAAGGAUCGUGAUGUGGUGUUACAAGAUGACAAAACUUGUAAUUUCCUGAGACGUACAAAGGAAUGAUUUUUCACAACACUUCUUAACCCAUUUGGCGUCAUUAUUUAUUUCUGAUCAUUUAUGCAAUUAGCACAUUCCGAGCACCGGACAAAGAAAAAUUUUGAGUCCCCGACGAGACUAGAAGCCACGAGUCCAUGACCUCCUAGAUACCGGGUGGGCGAUCUAACCACUAAGGUACAGAAAUACGCAUGGAGAAGAAGUACUAGGUUCACAUGUGGACCAUAUGAAGUGGAAACUGUUCCUCAUAUUGAAAUAUAAAAUCAAACAAAUAGCAAUCAUUGUUAUGACCAACCAAAAACAUGGCGUAAACACAAAACAAAACAUUUCUUGACUCGUCUGAAUCGUCCUUAAUUAAAAGAUAGAUUUUGUUUACAGCUUUCUUCCGCUGGUAUUCGACACAAAGUCAAGUGAGCUAUUUAAUUAGUUCGUUUAGAGCAAAUAUUUGUUGGUUACCUCAAAAAGGGGACUGAACUCAAGAGCUCCAGUCCUCUAGUGCCAUAAUGUAUUCCUUUACCUUGGUCAUUAUUUACCGAAAGACGAUACUGGUGCUAGGUCUCACUGAUCUGUCACUGGGUAACUUGCGCGGAUUCAUAACAAAUGCGAACCAGCGAGCGAACGUAUCGAGAACAGAGCACUUUUAAAGCAAAUAUAUCGCGCGCAGCUGCUACAGUUGGUGUAUUUUACAAGGAGAAAAUAGAAUAGCAGAUUGUCAGAGAAUAGGGAACUGCGAUUCACAGUCGACCGGAUUCAACUGGAUUCUACGUAUACAGGGAAAAUGAACAACUCCACACCAGUCAAUCAAACAUUGCCAUCGCCUGAGACGAUAACACCGUUUUCUAUAAUGGCUUGGAGCGUAGCCUUUGGCACGUUAGCAGCCAUGGCCAUAUUUGGAAACUCAACCGUCAUUCUGGCGUUCAGUCGAAAUAUUAAAUUGCACACGCGCACUAACUACAUUAUAGUAGGACUAGCAACCGCUGACCUGCUGGUAGGAUUCAUUGCAGUUCCACUCUAUAUCAGCAUGAUACUUCUGUACAAACGUCAUCUUGCAAUACCUCUGGUUUUGAGUGUGAUUUACCACGCAAUGGAUGUGUUUGGAGGUUUCGCUUCCAUAUUUCAUUUGAUGCUAAUAAGCUUGGAACGUUUCUAUGCUAUUGCGUUUCCGGUGAGUCAUCGGAAUUCAUCCAAAGUUGUCUAUUUUGGUGUUUUAGUGAUUUGCUGGGCGACUGCAGGAUCUCUAUCCUUCAUCCACUCAAUCAGAUACAGUAACUACAAUAUCACAAGAGCUUUCUUCAUUCUCUUUUGCGUUUGCUUCACGGUAGCCUUUAUUGUCAUCUGUUCCAUGUAUCUCGGAAUAUGGCGAAAAGCAAAAGCAAAGAAGUUGAUGAGGAAGGGUUCAAGGAAGACACUUCAGAAAAGAGAUCAUGAAGUCAUGAUUGCCAUGUCCCUUCUUAUCGUCAUUAUCAUUUUUGCCGUGACCUGGCUGCCAUUCUUUUCUAUAAACGCAGUUUACUUUUUUCAAUCGGAACUAAAACGAAGAGCAAUAUCGUUUGAAGUCAUUCAGUUCACCAAGCUCUUACACUACUCCAACUCCGCCAUUAAUCCAAUUAUUUACUCGCUAAAAAUUCCCGGAUUUAAAAAAACCUUUACAAGCCUGCUAAAGCGGGAGUCAACGAGAUCACUAAGAACUUCGUUUAGUAUGUUACGACGAGACUCUUCAAAGAAGCCUGUGGCUCAAGCUGAUAGGCAAGACCACUGUUGAUUGUAGGUGCUGAGAGUAGGACGUAGAGAGAGAGAGAGAGAGAGAGAGAGAGAGAGAGAGAGAGAGAGAGAUAGAUAGAUAGAGAGAAAUCUAAAGGCUGUAUAUCGCGUUAAGAAUAUAAAAAGUAAUUAUUCAAAUCAUCAUACUGAGGCUGUGAAUGUUGUAGCAUCGAGCGUGGCCUAAAAACACAAGUUCUGAAAAAUCGAUCACAGGAAAUAAAACUUCUCGUCUUAAUUAAUGUUAGGUCAGCGCUCUAUAAUUCUACGUCGCACGUUUUACACUUGUUUCAGUUGUUAUAUCCCAUCUACGAUAUAGAUCGUUUUCACGUGACGUCAUCACUUUCUAAAAUCCAAACUAAAGAGCCAC